GUUCGUGCUUGCUUCUUCUACCCACAACAUCAACACUUCCUCAUCAGAAGUCCGUAUUCGGCGUACAGCGAGCGACAUACUCGCAGCACCGCCUUCCCCACACAGCAUCAAGGCUGCAGACCAUCGACGCGACCAUCGCUCGUCCUGCAGGACUACCCCUUAGAUCGCCUCAGCCUCAGCCUCACUAUGCGAGCCGCACUCAUCAGGAGCACAAAAUCAGCCUACCGCUGUCAGUUGCAUUCUACACUUCUUACCUCUUACUUCUGAUCCUCGGGCGUAGUCAAUGGAACCUUACGCCUACGAGCCGCUCGACAAAGGCGAGAUCAGGCUUCUGAAAUUACAUCCCAAGCCCAGCAUUGGACCGCUUUCUGGAACUCUACUUCGUGUGCCACUGACCAAGCCCACCUACUGUCAGGGACCUGCUGACAGCGCUUAUCUUGAGCAUCUCUACCCUUAUGACGCGAUCUCGUACACAUGGGGAACAGAUACAAGCACGCCGUUCAGUCUUGUGAUAGACCAAAACUACAUCAUCGGGGUCACGGCGCAUCUACACUACACUCUCGAGAAGAUCGUGCAGCCCGAUAAACGUGUUCUGAUUUGGAUCGACGCCAUCUGCAUCAAUCAGGCAGACCGGGAUUCUGAGGAGAAGAGCCAGCAGAUCCGUCUCAUGCCAGAUGUCUAUCGCUUCGCAAAGCGUGUGCAGAUUCAUCUCGGCCCCGAAACUGACGACAGCUCCCUUGCCAUCGAGUUCAUAGAGCACGUCGCGGAUUACGCCGAGUUCCUAGACGAAAGUCUGAAUCACCUGAAUAUGGAAGCUUAUGCUCUUGCUCUAGAGAUGGGCUUCCAUCCUCCUGCGAAGGAUCAUAGAACAUGGAGUGCUUUGCGCGCUUUCUGGACGCGGCCAUGGUUCCGCCGCAUAUGGGUUGCGCAGGAGUUCAUCAAUGGCCUUGAUCCUAUCAUACACUGCGGAGACCUCGAGAUUGAUUGGAAAACGCUCUGGCUGGCUGCUGGAGUAUUUCAGAGUAAUGACCGCUUGAUGACAACCGGGUUGUCGGCAUUCACCUACCACCUUUACACGCUCGCACGGGAGGGCGCGACCUCAUAUCUCUUUAUGGGAGACAUGCGACUCCGAUACUGGGGCUGCCUGAGCGAACUCACGAUCACCACAGUCAGGGAACUCGAUGAGACCAGACAGAGUGCUGCUUGGCUUCUUGGUCAGCGAGGUCUUCGUGAUUACACUCUCACUCCAGCUCGACACGAUUUGUUCGCUCUUCAGACUUACGAGCGUCUAUCGAGAUCAGAAGCCCUACAAAAGCGCUUCGAUGGAAGCAUAUCGUUCAAGUCCGGCUAUGCGGAAUUGGUCAUCAUGCUCAAUAGAACAUAUGGCUUCCUGGCAACCAACCCAGUGGACCGAAUAUACGCAUUGCUUGGUCUGGUCCGCGAUGUGAACCCAGAUAACCCGGACUUCAGGAUCGAAUACUCGGCUGAGCAAGGUCCAGCUACAGUGUGUCAGCGCUUUGCAGCUGGUCUAAUCAAACGAGGUCAAGGUGCUAUCGUUUUCGGGAUGGCUGGGACGACCAGGCAGAUGUGUCAUAUCGACGAGCCUGGUUCUCCUUCCUGGGUUCCAGAAUGGACCGCUGCAUUGCUCCCGGGCGACUACGUAGUCUCCUUGAACUUCUCCAUGCACGCUUCGGAGAGGCAUGCGUCCUUAUACCAUGCAGCGGGCACGUCGUCCAUGAAUGUACGUUUUGAAGAUGGGGACAACGCGCUCAUUCUUCGCGGUGCUUAUCUCGACUCUUUACUUCUCAUUAUGCCAGGUCAACUCUUCUGUCCGCCAGACUGGUACCUUGUCACUUUGUCCAAUUUCGCAGGACCAGGAGCAGACGUAGCAAGGCUCGAAGACGACCUCUGGCGGACGCUUAUUGCUAACAAAACUGCCAAAGGAGAAGAUGCACCACCCGAGUUUGUUUUACAGUACCGAGCAUACAGAGACCACGUGGUCUCCCGUUUCGGACUGGUCUGCAUUGUUGCCGGUAUUUUCUUCCUUGUCAUGCUUCUGCCCUUGAUGGUGAUCACUUCGCAAUGGCUUGAUGAUGUCAGCUUUUUCCUCAUACAAACCACAGCCGCUUUGUCGGGCUGGGACAAGUCACCUCUACUGAGCCUUGCAGCUACAGCCUUGAUACGUACCGACAGUUGGCUCUUGUUCCUUGUGGGGUGCUGUCUGCUGAUCUGGAGAAUCAAAGAUCUCCUCGUCGACUAUUUGAAUAAGACGAGGUUCGGCUGGUCAGUGUUCUCCGGGCUCGCCUUGGUCAAUCCUGGCAGCUCUACCAGUCAGAAAGGUCCACCCGAGUCCGAGGGCUUUGUGGAGAGCCUCAAGCACACUGCUGGAAGAUACCACCUGGGCUACACCAUGGCUGGGCGUCUCGGGCUCUUCCCACUGGCAACAGAAGUGGGCGACACGAUCGUGAUUCUCGAAGGAGCUUUCACGCCGUUUGUGCUAAGACCGAUGGGAGAUGAGGAGUAUCGACUUGUUGGAGAAUGCUAUGUGCAUGGGGUCAUGAAGGGCGAGCUUUGGGACGCAGCGAGCCGCAAGCUCGAAGACUUUCGCAUCGUUUGAGAGGCGUCGCCGACCUUUUCUCGGAGAAUGUCGAGCAAAAUAAAGAAGCUAUCUGGAUGAUGGCCAUCGAGGUCGCAAGUUCAUUAGGCUGCACAUUUCCACUUUCCAAAUGCGGGUGUUCCGAGGGAUGUGACCGGAGUCCAACCCAUGCAGCUGUCAGCUCCG